AUGAGCAAUGCGAUUUGGGUCGCAUGGCGGAUCCCAUGCUCGGGGCUCCGGCCAUCGAGCGUGCUGCCCCCGGUGACGUUCCGCCCUCUCUGUCGCGAUUUCCGCAUCACACCAUCUCUAUACAACAGCACAUCCAAACGCCUGCUUAGUUCGGUGAGCACGCUCUUCCGAACCCAAAAUCGACCGAAUACCCUCCGCUUCUUCCCCAGAUACUCUCCGCCUGCUCCUAUCCAGAGUAGAUUAAAAAAUACCGCUGCUCCCGCCCAACCCGAACCGAAUUCGUCCGAGUCCUUGCUCGGGAAGCCCCUCUCCGAUGCUGAGAUCAAGGCUGUUUUCGGCCGCUCGAAGAUAUCGACAACGCUGGGUAACCGGGCCCUGGAGGUUCUGCAGGCUCGUCGGUUGGAGGGAACACUCGAUCUGGACCUUCCACUCGACAUCACUCGCGCCGUGUCCCAGUCCCAGCUCGAUCUUGGUUUGGAAUGGUUACGCGUGAACUAUCCAAUUGACGAAGAUGCCGCAAUACUAGAGCGCAUUGAGCGGGAGGAGUACGAGGCGGAGCAGAAGCUCGUGCGCCGCGCCGAACAGCUAGGUCUGUACAAGCCGCAGAGUGGAUCCUAUGAAGCCGAACUCGGCGAGGAAGGCUCGCCGUACGGAAAGAGUGUUCUAAAAGAGGCUCGUGAGAAGAAUGAAAAGCGGCUGCUUGCUGAAAAAGAGCGCAAGCGCCAGCAGUGGCUCGAGGGUGAAAAUGAGGAGCGGGAGAAAUUGCAGCGCCUGAUGGAAGGCAACACCUCGUUGCAGCAGUACCAGGAGUCGGCGCUUACUGAGGCGCGCCCCCGUGCGGAUCCUAAUGAGCGGCCGUAUCUUGCUUGGGUCCAGAAGCACCAUAUUGCUGGCACUCUUAACCAGCCCGAGGCUAUGGAAGUUACAAAUACGCAACGUAUUGUUGCACCCGUGCUAUUCGUGCUCCUCACUCUCGGCUUGUGCUAUUACUUCGCUACGACCUACCAGCCUCCCACGAGAAAGGACCGCCUCUGGCCCGAUAUUCCUCCGGCUGCUGCAACCGUUGGAGCUAUCAUUGGUGCUAAUAUCGCGGUUACUCUGAUGUGGAGAUACAUCCCGCCCUCGUGGAGACUGCUCAACCGCUUCUUCGUUAUCGUUCCCUUCUACCCCAGCGCACCGAGUAUGAUCGGUAGUACUUUCAGCCACCAGUCCUGGAGACACUUGGCGACUAACAUGAUGGUUCUGGGUCUCAUGGGAACCAGAGUCCAUGACGAACUCGGCCGUGGAAACUUCUUGGCUAUCUAUUUCGCUUCGGGAGCUCUCGGCUCCCUGGCAUCGUUGUCCCGAAGUGUGCUACUAGGCUACCUGGGCAUGACAUCCCUCGGUGCCAGUGCCGCAACCAGUGGUAUCGUCGCCGCAUGGUGCAUUUACCACGCCAACGACAAAAUCACCAUGUGGAUCCUGCCCCAUGAGUUGAGAGAAACUCUCUGGACCCAGGGCUGGGUCUUCCUAGCCUGCCUGGUCGCCACUGAGAUUUUCAGUAUGGUGACGCCGGCUCGCUUCUUGAGCGUCUUCCCUCUGUCCCGACUCACCAAGAUGGACCACGCUGCCCAUCUGGGUGGAUACUUUGCCGGUGCUGGAUGUGGGUAUGCACUUGCGCAGAGGAGGAAGGCUGAGCGGAUACAAAGGGCUCGUGACUCGAAGUGGUUUGAAAGACUUGUUCAGUGA